CCCCAGUUAACAAACUUGUUUCAUUUGGAUAAACUUGAUACAUUUUUGUUAAAAUUUGGGACCAACUAAGUUUAAUCGGCCAUGGCAGCUGCUCUUGAAUGCUGGUCUAGCCGUACGAGCACCGAUGAGGACAUGGUGGAGCAAGGGCUCAUGCGAACCGGCGACAGAUCGGAAUCUUCAGCAGCCGCCGCCGUUGAUACGUCUUCAUCUUCUUCCUCCCCUUCGGCCUCCGCUGGUGGUUCUCUUAAAGACAGUUCCAUGAUGCAGAAGAAGUUUCAGAAACUGAGUCGAAAUGUCUCGGAAGCCAUUGCCUCUCUCAAGAACUCCUUGAAUCUUGACCCGGCUCGAGACUCGAAUCCGACCCGGAUCGAUACUUGCCGGAAACAUGUCUGGGGAAGCGUCGUUCGGAAUUUGACUCAGCUUUAUCCCGGAAGUCAACUCCCGGAGAAGCUCGUAUCCAAUAUUCGAAAGCAUUAUGAUUCUUUACCUCUCAGUUAUGCACAAGCAGGCUUCGAAAUGAAGGAUGUGUUUUUGCAUGUUAGAUUGAUAGAACAAGCAUCUGCGGAUGACCACCCAGCUAUUAUGAUACAAGAAGUUUCAGAUGAUGAAGUUCAAGGGUCUGUUUUGAAGCUCACAUUUGCUUGUAAUUCAUCGCUUUCAUGGCCAGCCAUGUCAGGAUCACUCGAUAGUGCUUCAAUUUGUUGCAAGAAGAUACAGAUCUUUGAGAAGAAAGGGUUCACAUUGGGAGUCAUUCUUCUUUUGGUACAAUCAGCGCAAGAGAAACUGUUCAAAUCGCAGAUUGAAAAUGCAUUGAAAUCAGCUUUGAAAAAGCCGGUUAAAUCAAGUGCUAUGAAGCUCCCAUUUGGGCUUUGUGGUUGUCAAGAAGAGGGUACGAAAGGGAGGGAGUUUGGAGAGAUUGAAGACGAUUCCAAUGAGCAAAGUUACAGAAAUGGGAUUGAAAAUUUAAGUUCGAGUUCAUCAAAGGUGAAACUUCAAUUGCCUUUAUCCAGUUCGUCGAUAAUAAUAUCAGUUGACGAAUGGCAAACUGUUCAAUCUGGGGCUGAUGAGAUUAAGAAAUGGUUAUUAAAUCCCGAUAGUUUAGAGUUCAUUGAUCAGAUUGGAGUCAAUAUAUUUAAAGGAACAUAUAAAGGUAAAAAGGUUGGGAUUGAGAAGCUAAAAGGGUGUGAAAAGGGGAAUUCAUAUGAAUUCGAGAUCCGAAAAGAUCUUUUAGAGUUGAUGAGUUGUGGGCACAAGAACAUUUUGCAAUUUUAUGGUGUAUGCAUCGAUGAUGUUCAUGGUUUAUGUGUUGUGACUAAGUUGAUGGAGGGUGGAUCAGUUCAUGAUCGAAUUAUGCUGAAAAACAAAAAGAUCCAAACAAAAGAGAUGAUAAGGAUUGCUGCAGAUGUGGCGGAAGGAAUUAAGUUCAUGAACGAUCAUGGUGUCGCUUAUAGAGAUCUUAAUACGCAGAGGAUUUUAUUGGAUAAAAAUGGGAAUGCAUGCUUAGGGGAUAUGGGUAUAGUUUCUGCUUGCAAGAGUGUUGGAGAGGCUAUGGAUUAUGAAACUGAUGGCUAUCGCUGGCUUGCUCCUGAGAUCAUUGCUGGUGAUCCAGAAACCGUCACAGAGACGUGGAUGAGCAAUGUGUUUAGUUUUGGAAUGGUGGUAUGGGAGAUGGUGAGCGGGGAGGCAGCAUAUGCAGCACUCUCACCGGUUCAAGCAGCUGUUGGGAUUGCUGCUUGUGGGCUCAGACCCGACGUCCCAAAAGACUGCCCUCAAAACCUCAGAUCUCUAAUGAACAAAUGCUGGAACAAUAUCCCUUCAAAACGGCCUCCGUUUUCAGAGAUUCUUACGUUGUUGACUCGGCCAAACAAUAACAACAACAAUAACAGCUAUAGGUGAUGGAAAAAAGUCUAUGUUUAGUUAGCAAGCAUAGAGAAAGGCAUGGUUUCAUUAUGUGACAUAAAGUAAGAAGUUGAAAUAUAAACAUGUUCAUAUGGGUUCCUUUGA